CUCCCGUACCACUCCUAGUAGAUCCAAAACUGUAAGUUACUCGUUUUCGAGUUUCAGCCUUGUUCCCAAGCUAAGGCCCGCCUGCCUGCUCGGUUCGAGGUCCCAAACAACUUCUCAAGCCUCAAAUCCUCCCAUCAACACCACCAAAUCCAUCAACCAUGGCCUCUCCCUCUCCCCUAGAGCACGCCAAAGCGGCCAUCCGUGACAGCCGUCCGCCCGUCACCGACGAUCUCACCUAUCUCACCAUCGUGCAAUCGCACUUGUCGCCCGAGGUUCUGCCCGCGCUCAAUGACGUACUUCAGGAUGUCGAGCUCACUCAGAGAAUUGGUUGGGACCUCGUCCACAUGCUGCUCCCACUCCCGGGGUCCGCGCCGUGCUUGAAGACUGUGGCACGACUGGGAAACCCAAGAGAGGUUAUUCUUCAAGUUACCGAAGCGUUGAGGUUGCUGGUAUUAGACAAGCCGGUGGAGGAGGAGGACAACGAGGCCGCGGAGGAGAAGGCUGCCGAGACCGAAGAUGCUAAGAAGACUGAGAAGACCGAAGAGGCUGAGCCGACUCGCGAUGCGCUUGUUGCGUCACCAACCGAGGCCGAGAUACCAGAGCCAACAGAGGUUGACAAGUUCUGCCUUCUCGUUUCCAUGCUGGCCACACUCCAUCCAAGAAUCAAGACAAGAUACCCCUCGCGCUUCCUCUCAGCCUCUCUGAUGGCAAUUCUCAGCUCUUACCGCCCGUCAAGCCAGGCCACCCAUGCCAUCACUGCGUUUGCGCAGACACUCUCGGGGAACAAGAGGCCUCCGCUCCCAACGCGCAAGUCAAGUCUCUCAAUACAGGACCUUACAAUCGCAUCAGACGAAAAGGAUGAGAAGGCUCCAGACCCGGAGGCAGCAGUAGAAGACCCAAAGGAGGAAGCCAUACAGAAGAAGCUCGUACAGUCGUUUGUCACACAUAUUAUAGAACUAUAUGUCAAAGACAACAGCUUGGAUUGGUCCGCGCGGCUCCAAGAGCACUUCGCGCUGGACAAGAUGGUGCCAGGGAAGAAGAAUUUCGGAGAGGCUUUCAGAGAAGACUUGAAGUUGCAGGAGCGUGAAGUUCUCCUCGGGAAACUAGUGGCCCUCGCACGCGACGUUGGCCUCAACGGCGUCGACUACCUCUUCAACGCACCCGAACAAGACCUCCCCACCCCACCCAACGAACCCGAGAGCGAAGACUUCUCCCCCACCUCCCCCGACGACGUCCCCCUCUCCCUCACUGGCUGCCUCUUCCUGACCGCCAACGCUAUCUUCUCCUCCGUCAUGUUCUCGAACACCAACGUCACCCUCCCCGCCCUCUCCAUCUUCCCCUCCCUCUCCCUCCUAGUCCAAAAAUUCAUCGGCACCACCGGCCUCGAAACCUCCGGCACUGAAUCCCCCCCCAUCAUCGACGCCAUCCUCUCCAUCGGUCUCUGGCUCGAACAUACCGACCACUUCGUCGCCGGCCCCCUCGAACCAACCGACUACCUUCAGCUCCUCCAGACUCUCUCCCUCGUCUCCGCGAACUGCCCCGAGCCCACCCUCCGCCACGCGGCACACAUCCUCACCUCUAACAUCCUGCACGCACACCCCACAGACCGCCUCCGCCUCAACUUCAUCUCCGACACACUAGAGCACUGCCCCUUCGAGCCCCUCCGCGCCUCCGCAGUCGGCUGGCUCAAAGAAGAGCUCGUGCGCGCACACACCCGCAAGUCCGAUGACCUCUUCGCCACCCCCGCCGCCGUGGCAGCAUUACAACCCUACCUGUUCCCGUACGAGAGCAUCCUAGACGCCGAGACGGAUUCGGAAGUAUGGGAGGACUUCCGGUGCACGUUCCCGUUCCAUAUGGCGGCGCUGAAUUUGAUCUUCUUCUUGAAUUCGGAGGAUUAUAAGAGUGUGGUGCCGGAGGGGAGUAUGAGUGUGAUUGAGGAGGUUUAUUUGCAGCCGCUUAGGACGGCGAGGGGGAGGUUGGAGAAGGCGCUUAAGGAGGGGGGGGAGCUGGAGAAGGUGUUUGGGGAGGAGGUGAGGGGAGGGUUGGCUGAGGUGCGGUUGUUGGGGGAUAGACUGGAUAUGUGUCUUGAGCAGCAGUCGUAGGGUGUGGGGUUUGGUGUGUGGCGGAGAAUGCAGGUUAUGAGAUGAGAUAUGAUGGAUAUGCCGUUAUUAUGGAUGCCUUGCAAAGAGGGAGGCCUGCGUGGGUUUUCGGAUAUGGUGGGUGUGCUUUUGGUGCAUCUAUGGCGUUUUAUACUGAGAUGGUAGUUUAUGAAGGGAGGUUUAUUAUAACUCUUUUAUCUCGUUGUAUAAGGUGAAUAUGAGAUUUGAAAGAAGUGGU